CAGUAGUGCUGCUGACAGUAGUUCUGUAGCCAUGGCUGUACUGCACGGACUCCUGCUGGCCCUCGCCCUCUGUCUGGGCUCUACCUCCGCUGCCACAUUGGGAACUGUGCUGACUGAAGGUGGUAUGGUGAGUGGAGACAACUAUGGUGUUUCCGGACUAUUCCACUACAUGGACCGGUUCAGAGGAAUCCCCUUCGCUGCUCCCCCCGGCCGCUUUGAGAAGCCACAACCCCACCCUGGCUGGGACGGUGUGCUGAAAGCCACAGAUUACAGGAAGAGAUGCCUGCAGGUCAACCUCCUCAUGACCGACACCCGCGGGGCUGAGGACUGCCUCUACCUCAACAUCUGGGUGCCCCAGGGACUCAAAGAGGUUUCCACCAACCUCCCCGUCAUGGUCUGGAUCUUUGGGGGUGGCUUCCUUGCCGGUGCUUCCAACGGGGCCAACUUCCUUGACAACUACCUGUAUGACGGUGAGGAGCUCGCCAAUAGAGGCAACGUGAUCGUGGUGACUUUGGCGUACCGUGUGGGUACUAUGGGCUUCCUCAGCACAGGAGACGACGGCCUACCUGGAAACUACGGCUUGUGGGAUCAGCAUGCCGGUAUUGCGUGGGUGCACAGGAACAUCAAGGCUUUCGGUGGAGAUCCCUCCAACAUCACUCUCUUUGGAGAGUCUGCUGGAGGCGCCAGUGUCAACUUCCAGCUCAUUACUCCCAAGAACAAAGGCCUGGUGCGCAGGGGUAUUUCACAGAGCGGUGUGGCUCUGUGUCCCUGGGCGGUGAACAGGAACCCUCGGGAAUUUGCUGAGCUGGUUGCCACGAGGGUGGGAUGUCCCACAGAUGAAAAAAUGGUUGCUUGUCUGAAGAUGACUGAUGCUGUUGCUCUGACUCUUGCUGGACGCUUGAACAUGCAUGGGUCUGCAUCUGCUCCGAUUGUCCAAAAUCUGGUCCUUUCUCCUGUCAUUGACGGUGAUUUCUUGCCUGACGAGCCUGCCAAUCUUUUCCACAAUGCCGCCGAGGUUGACUACAUCGCCGGAGCCAAUGAUAUGGACGGCCAUAUCUUCACCGGCCUGGAUGUGCCAUCCAUCAAUCAGCCUAUUCAGAGCACACCUGUUGAGGAUUUGAAGACCCUCGUCGCUGCCCUGACCAAAGACAAGGGUCAGCCGGCUGCUGAUGCAGCCUACACCGAGUACACCCAGGGCUGGGGAUCCAGGCCCGACAAGGACGAGAUCAAGCAAGCUGUGGUCGCCGUGGAGACAGACUACAUCUUCCUGGUCCCCACGCAGGCCGCCCUCUACCUGCACCACAGCCUGGCCACCACUGCUCGCACCUACUCCUACCUGUUCUCCCAGGACUCCAGGAUGCCUCUGUACCCCAGCUGGAUGGGAGCCGACCAUGCUGAUGACCUGCAGUAUGUCUUUGGCAAGCCCUUCGCCACCCCUCUGGGCUACUGGCCCAAGCACCGCGACGUCGCUGGAUACAUGAUCGCAUACUGGACCAACUUCGCCAGAACUGGGGAUCCCAACAAAGGUGAGUCUGAUGUCCCUGUCAACUGGCCUGCAUUUGACAACACGACCCACCAGUAUGUGGAUAUCAACCACAGGAUGGGCAGGGACUCCGUCAAGCAGAAAUUGAGGCUGCGCUUUGUCAACUACUGGACCAACAUUUUUGAUAACAUGCCAACCAUCAACGAGCAGUAGAGCAGAUCCCCCAGUCUCCUCUACAGUCCAUUGUUAGUAUGCCAUUUCAGCUGUGAUCCCUGGGCAUCCUCAACACUCAUGUCAUCAGCAACUGUUGUCUAUGCUACUCAAGACCAAUCAACUCAAAUAAAAGCAAAACAACUUUAA